AUGGCAGAGUUUGAUGUUGUUGUGCUGGGCACUGGGCUUAAGGAAUGCAUCCUCUCCGGCCUGCUGUCCAUCUGUGGGAAGAAAGUUCUUCACAUUGAUCAGAACCCACACUAUGGAGGAGAGGGCGCCUCCAUAUCACCUCUGGAAGAGCUCUAUAAGAGGUUCCAGGUUCCAGGGCCUCCCAAAGGAAUGGGGCAGGGCAAAGAAUGGACCGUCGAUCUCAUCCCUAAAUUUCUGCUGUCCAAUGGGCAGUUGGUGAAGAUGCUGCUGUAUACGGAGGUGACGCGCUACUUGGAUUUUAAAGUGGUGGAGGGCAGUUAUGUGUACCAAGCUGGAAAAAUCCACAAAGUCCCCGUCACUGAGGCAGACACACAAGCUUCAGAUUUGAUGGGUAUGUUUGAUAAGCGGCGUUUCCGGAAGCUUCUGCUGUUCGUUCUGAACUUGGACGAGCACGACCCGCGGACCUUCCUGGACAUGGACCCCAACAGAACGACCAUGAGGGACGUGUUCAGGCACUUCGACCUGGGAACGGAUGCAGUGGAGUUUACAGGGCACGCACUGGCCCUGCAGAGCGGUGACGAUUAUCUGGACCAGCCGUGCCUGCAGACCAUAAAGCGGAUAAAACUGUACUCAGACUCUUUGGCCCGUUAUGACCACAGUCCAUACCUCUAUCCCCUCUAUGGCCUGGGGGAGCUACCACAGGGCUUCGCCAGGUUGAGCUCUCAGAAUGGAUGUAAAUACUUGCAGAACCGAAAGGUGGACGACAUCAUCAUAGAGAGCGGCAGAGUGGUGGGGGUGAAGUCUCACGGAGAGGUGUUCCGCUGUAAGCAGCUGCUGUGUGACCCCAGCUACUCUCCGGGCCGGGUCAGGAAAGUGGGGCGGGUCAUCAGGGUCAUCUGCCUUCUGAACCAUCCAAUCAGAAACACUCAUGAUGCCAAAUCCUGCCAGAUCAUCAUCCCACAUACACAGGUCCACCGGAAAUCAGAUAUCUAUGUGUGUAUGGUCUCCUAUGGUCAUAACGUAGCUCCAGAAGGGAAGUACAUCGCUGUGGUCAGUACAAAUGUGGAGACCAGUAACCCAGAGAAAGAAGUGCAGCCAGGCCUGGCUCUGCUGGAGCCCAUCAUGCAGAAGUUUAUCUCCAUUACUGACCUGAUGGUGCCCACAGAUGAUGGAAGGCGGAGUCAGAUCUUCGUGUCUCGUUCGUACGACGCCACCACGCACUCUGAGACGGAGUGUGAGGACAUUAAGGACCUGUUUCGUCGCAUGACGGGGGCAGAGUUCAGCUUCGAGGAUUUCCAGAGAGACAGCGAGGCCGACGCUGAUGAUUAAACACGUUCACAAACAGCUACAUCGUCCAAAGGCAACCGAUUCACCUCAUUCACACCCUGGCCAUUUUUCUUAUUACGUGAUGGAGAGAAACGGGAAUCGGGUGAUUAAUAACUCAACAGCCAGAGCAAAGAAAUUGAUGUAUAUCGUGAAUUUUAAAAGCACUGAAAAUGGGGAUGGGGUCUGCAAAGAUACCUCAA